AAUAUAUUAGCUAUCUGGUAGAGUCUUGUCAUUUUGUUCUUCUAUGAAUUGAAAGAGACAUGCCCUAGGUACAAUCUAGCAAAUAGAGCAAAACAUUAUAAUUGUUUGUCUUGAAAGAGCACAAAGAACAAAUUSUAAGAUGGCCUCUGGAUGUAAUGUCAGAAAUGGUGGAAUGACCCAAGAGAUAAAUUUUAUUAUUUUUAUUUAUCAUACAUGUAAUUAAUUAUAAUGAAAUACUUUCCUAACCCUACUUCAAUCUUUCGAAAGUAAGAAAAGGUAUUUUACCUGUAGACAUGAUUUUCUUUCACAUAUAAUUAACUUAUAUGAUAAAUAGAAUAUUACAUGAUCGCUUGGAGAUACAAAAUUUAUCUUUUUGCUACGCUCACUCUUGACAGAUCUUUGCAACACUCUAAGAUAAAAUCCGUACCUCCACAUGGCCAUGCAUAUAUCCUCUAUAAAAUGCAACCACUGGCAGCACGUAUGAUGAAUUUCUUCAAACAGACUGGCCCUCAUUUGUAUGAAAUACGAUUUCUUUUGGCAGGAUUUGGAAUAGUGUAUUAUGGUGUAUAUAAAAUUCAAAAAGCAGGGGAAAAGAAAGCAAUAACUGAUAAACCAAGCCAUUGAUGUUCUAUAUCACAGUACUUCUUGUUGUGCAAUUUCAUGGAUUAUUGUUUGUGAAAUAUUACUUAUUACCAAAUAAAUUUUGAAAKAACUUAAUGAAGUAACUUUUGAUGUUAUUUUUGGAUUACAAGUCAUAGGCACGUUAUUACAAACGUGUGUUUACCACGUAAAACAUACAUUGUCAACAUAGUAAAGUGCAUAUGAAGUUACACAAGGUAACGYGAAAAAAGUUGUGAAAAACAGAAAAAUCAUGUAUAACCAGUAUAUGAUGUGAACGCUAUUCCCUUUAGCAUUAAUUGUUAUACAUAUGAUAGGAAAAUACCUUGGAAACAAAUAAUCGCUUGAAUCAUGUUUUGUAAUCGUCUUUUGAUUGGUUAUUUUUUACGCACUUAUGAGACAAAAAAGAUGCGCGCAUACAAGUGCUGCGCGAUUUGCAUAUAAGCUCGCAGGUGUUUGUUAUAGCAAUCUUCUUUGCGUUCAAUAAAUAAUUCAUAUAUACUUUAAUGGCGUUCACAUCGGAAUGGUUUUAUAAUCCUUGUUUUGUCGUUUAAGUAGUAAGAAAACAACUUUAUAUGUCUACUAUACAUUCAAAAAUCCAUAAUGCCACCGUUCUACGAACUAACAGCUUGCUUUGUCACACAGCAAGGUUAUAUUUGUAGCGUUAGAUCACCUCGGAUCAACGAUCACAGUGGAUGAUGUUUUACGCUGCUGUACUAGCACUGGGAUUACAUAUCAAAAAUCGUCGUGGAAAGUCAGUAAAGAAGAAAAAAGUUGAAUCAAAGCGAACUGAUGGUGACUCUUCAACCAGUGGACCUGAAAAGGAUUCACAUCUGGACAUCGGCGAUUKCUGCAAAAACCAGGAUAAUGUUAGGUGCACUUGGUAUGGAGCUUAUAAAGCGCGCAUGGAAAUAUUACAAUGUCAAAAUGAUUGUUUGAUGGAAAUCAAUUCAGCACUUCAUAAUGAAAACAAAACACUGAGAAGAAUUGCAUCUUCACUGUCCAAGAGUGCAAGGAUAGCAAUGCUUGAUCUUGUAAGGGAUACCGAGACAGUUAGUUCUGAAGCCCGUGGUAGCAGGUUAUCAGUCGGAAGUAUUGAUGUUCGACCACGGAGGUCAUCGUCACAAGGCAGAUUACCGAGUCUUGCCACAUUGACCAGAAUCAAUCUUCGCUUUAAUAAAGAACAGCAUUUUGGAGGUCUACAUCGAGCAGUGCUGAGUGGUAGAGAAGACGAUGUGGAAUUUUUACUUUCUGCUGGAAAAGAUAUCAACGCGCAUGACGAAUAUGGAAAGACCCCUUUACAUUGUGCAGUUGGGGCUCAGAAGCUAGAUAUUGUGCUGUGCUUGUUACGUCACAAGCCUGACAUUGAUGCGCAUGACGAUCGUGAGGACACGCCCCUACAUACAGCCAUUAGGACUGGUAAUAUUGCCAUAGUAACGGCGAUACUGAUAGAUGGACGAGCAGAUCCUAAUUCAUGUGGGCACGCAGGAUGUACCCCUUUACAUGUAGCAGCUCAGCUUGACCAUGUUAAUAACAAUGCCAUUUGUAAAUUGCUUCUUGAAAACGAGGCAAAACUACUCUCACGUGACCACAAGUACAUGACGCCUCUGGCGCUCGCAACCCUCCAUGGGUUUUAUGAUGUUAUGGUGUGCUUAUUCUCUUAUGCCGAUGCUCAAGGCAUCGCCAAAGAUGAUUUACUGCUUGAAGUCGAUGGGGAAAGUAGUACAUUACUGCAUCUUGCUGUUGAAAGCAGUUCUGCGCGGGUGGUUGAGCUUUGCUUGGACGAAGGUGCCGCUCCCCAUUCUGUCAAGGCAUCAGAUGGAAGUACUCCAGUACACUUGGCCUGUUCCUAUGGCUAUAUGGAUAUACUAGAUAUCUUAAUGAAGGCUGUCGCUUUUAUUUUGGACCCUCCUCCUGACCAGGACGGAAGACUGCCCAUUCACAAAGCUGCUCAGGCAAACCAUCAACAAGUUUUGUCGUAUUUGUUGAAGCAGGACGAGGACCAACUUGACGCAGUUGAUCUCGAGGGUUGUACUCCAAUCAUGCUCGCUGCUGAAAAUGGUUGUUACGACUCUGUCCGAGCUCUUCUCGAGAACAAAGCGAAUAUCGAUAUCAGGGAUAGAAAAAGUCGAACGGUGCUUCAUUACGCUAUCGGCGGUGCUGAUAUUUUGAAAGAAAUUUUGAAGGACGUUAAAUCCACUUCAUUAAUCCGUGCAAAAGAUUACGAGGGAAACACCCCACUCCACUAUGCAGCAAGAAGAGGAUGUGUAAAGGACAUUUCGCUCAUGUUAAUGAAGUAUAAAGCAUCGGUGGCUAUCACUAACGUGAAUGGUGAAAUUCCUCUCCAUCUCGCAGCAAGGAAUGGUUGGUUGUCUGUGGUAAAAAAACUCACCGAAGGAAGAAACAAAAGAACGAUUAAUUCAACUGAUGCAAGUGAACGAACUCCAUUACAUYUGGCUGCACAAGAAGGACACGAGGAACUCAUCGAUUUCUUUCUUAAGAAGAAUGCAAAAAUCGAAAGAGACAAUAAUGGACAGACACCUUUACACUAUGCGGCUUACCAAGGAUCUCAAAGAUCAGUAGAACUCUUUUUAGAAGCCAAACCUGAUACACUUAACAUCACUGAUGAAGAACGGAACACUGCACUUCACAUGGCUGCCAUGGGUGGUCAUCCCCAUAUCGUACAGCUUCUUCUCAGUAAAAGCGAACAACUUGUUUCAGUCAACGAACGAAAUCAGAACGUUCUCGAUAUUGCAAUAGAAGGAAAGCACGAUGCUGUUGCUAUGGUCAUUGCAGAACACAAAAGAUGGCGUGAAGUGCUACGUGGUACGUUACAUGCAACUCAUACGCAGAUACAGCUACUAGUGCGUCAUAUGCCAGAUGUUGCCAAGAAAUUCUUGGACCGUUGCGUCGAAAAGGAGGGAGACCCCGAGGAUGAAAACUACAAGGUAACUUAUGACCUGAGAUUUAUCCAGGGGAUGCCAGAAGAAAAGAAGAAUUCCAAGAGCAUCAGGGAUUCGUUAAGUGCUUUACAUACAAUGGUUAAAUACAAGACGCUGCCGUGUUUGACGCAUCCUCUCUGUUCUGUUCUUAUGGACAUAAAAUGGAGAAAGUUUGGUCUGGUUUGUGCCUUUUUAAAUCAAGGAGUGUUUUUGGUAUAUAUCGUAUUGAUUCUUAUUGUGAUGGACUAUCUGGUCAGAGAUUAUCGUACGACGAUAUCUGUGAGUGGACACAAUGACACCAAUAGUACUUUUGAUAAGUUCAGUCAGCCUUUGAUUGUGACUGCUUUUAAGGACAACGCGCAGAUGGCGUUGGUUACUGUUAUCCUUAUGAUAGCAUGUAUUUAUAACUUAUCAAAGGAAGGAUUUCAGAUGUUUGAUGAGGGUUGGAAGUACUUAUUGAGUCUCAACAACUGGUUGGAAGUCACACUGUACGUCUUAACGUUUGUGACGCUUGUCAAGCCAGGUCUAUCUGAAAUGGCAGUUUGUGUAUUUUUAGCGUGGAUUGUGUUGCUUCACUAUUUUAGCAAGUUCAAUUAUGUAGGUUUGUAUAUAGUAAUGAUCCGCAAGACCAUCAAAACAGUUCUCAAAGUUCUUAUCAUUCUUCUUAUUCUCUUGGCUGCGUUCGCUUUCUCCUUUCACGUUAUUACAUGCAACCUCAAAAGCACUUCAUCUAAAACAAGAUUUAGCAACGUYUCGACUGCCUUGGCUGCGACUUUCUUCAUGAUGCUAGAUAAUCUGCAGUAUGAGAAGAUAGUACUCGAGUACAAUCAGGGUGGAGCAAAUGAURACGGCGAAGGGGUUGUUCUCUAUGGCUUGUUCAUCGGUUAUUGCUUCAUGAUGCCAAUAAUUUUCCUUAAUCUCUUGAUCGGUUUGGCUGUGGGUGAUAUUGAUAAUAUUCGUAAAACUGCUGCAAUGGAAAGAUACACAAGUCAGGUUGAACAUUUAUCGCAGCUUGAACGAGCCCUUCCAACUUUCAUUUUGAGCAAGGCACAAGUUCAGGAGUAUGUGGAAUACCCCAACAAACACAAGAAGCUUAAAGAUAAAAUUGUUGACUUUCUUGUCAAGUUACUUUCCCCUCGUCAAGAAGUUGAAAAGAAAACUGAAAAUCAAACUGACAUGGAUGAAAAAAUAUCCCGUCAUGAGGCUCAACUGAAACAAAUCUCGUGUGCUUUAAAAAGUCAGACAGCGUUGCUUGAGGAAUUGAAGGACAUGCUGGUUGAAAAGAAAAGGCAAUCAGUGAUCAUGGCUACAGCUCCAUUGAGAACAGGCGACAAUCCUCCAGUGGAGCCAGAAAAUGCCUCCGAAUUCUAUGUUUAGAAAAUAUUUUAUUAUUGCAAUAUAUGGUUCCGUCAACACGCGGAAUUUAAUAAGCCAAGUUCUGUUUGAAUUAUGAACUUUGUUUUUAAAUGAAAACAUGAGAAACGUAUUUAUGAAGGGGUUUAUCGAAUGCUAAGAACUUUUUCUUUCAUAUUUCAAUUUAUUUAUGAAUUUGUAUAAUUACGUGUUAUUUUUACGAUAAUAAAAUAUGAGAAUUACAAUAUUCUACAUGAAA